AUGCCCUCGUUCGGUCGCAUUGGCAAGCACAGCAAUCGUUCCCAGCAUAAUCUGGCCGAGCAACAGCAGCAUCACCAUCAGCAGCACCAGCACCAUCUAUCCCAUCAGCAGCCGUCGGUGGGCAGUGGAGCUGGUGCACUGCCCCAUCAUCCUCACUCGCAACAAGCCGGCACUGCUGCCACCUCGUCCACCACCUCGCUCUCGUCACCCGGCGUCGCUGCUGGACCUGGAUCUGCCUCUGGUGGCCGUCGGGUCUCUUCCACUGGCGUGUCCGUCCCCGUUACCGGCCCCGUCGCCGACCCUAAUAAUACCGCAUCUCCUUCAGCCUCGUCAAUCGGCCUCAGUUCCAGCGACUCCUUUCCACCACCACCGCCGCCGCUGCAGCAGGUCGACUCGAGGCUUUCCCAACCGCAGGGUCAACCGCAGACUCCACAUACUCCUUCGCACCAGCAUCAGCAUCAGCACCCGCACCCGCACCCGCACCAUCAUCCGUUGGGCCAGCCAGGCCAGCCGGCCCAACCCCUAGAGGCAUUCGGCACCAGCCCAAACCAUUUGCCCACUAAUACGAUACCCCUCAACCAGGCCACUCCCGCCACUGCUUAUCCUGCGCGACAGCAGCCCCACGGCAAUUUCGCCGAAUUGGUUUCGCGCUCGCAGUCUGCAAGAUAUUCCCAAUUAAACCCGCUCCAGACUCAGCAUUCGUUCAGUCACGCUUCUGGCUCCGUCGACAACCUGCCCCAGACCGUGUCUUCUCCCGUCGCCCCUCCCGCCCAGCCAGCCGUACUGCAUAUCCAAAGCGCCCCUGCGGAGCCGAAGCGAUCGGCGCGAAAGCUCAUCAAGAACAUCCUGUCCGGCGCCACCUCCUCGAGCCGACCUACCUCGGAUCAUUACCAGGACGGUUCCUACGACAACACCUCCGGGUUGAGCCGCAGACCUUCGAAGCGGGCGAGCAACAACCCCCUUAUCAGAGGGAGCCCACUGCUAUCUCGGCCUAUAGAUCAUCCCGACUGGGACCCAUCCCGAAGCUCGAGCUCGCGCAGCCACCAGUCGCCGAUCCAACCCGUACGCGACCCUAACGACCCCUACCGCUCUGCUCGCUCUGCUCGUUCUAACCAAGAAAUGCUUUUACAGACUCACCAAGACCUUCCCCAGACCACUAUCAGACAAGUUCCCGCCGAUUCUAACCCCGACGCCUCGCCCUACGGGCAGGAAGAUCUCGCCUUCCAUCAGCAGCAAGCCGUUAUCCAGCAUCAAGCCCAGUUGCAAGCCCAGGCUCAGGCACAAGCCCAGGCACAGGCACAGGCACAGGCACAGGCACAGGCCCUGGUCCAGGGGCAAGCAGACCAGCAUCAGCAGUUAUACGGCGGUCAGGUCAUAGUCGACCCUUCACAAAACCAAUACCAAUACGCAACUCCCUACGACCAAUAUCCGGCUGGAAAUCGUCGGCCCUCCCUCUUUGUUGGACAUCUUAGCACGGCAGGUCCGCAGACACCAAAUCCGGAGACUGUAUCGCAGGUAUCACAUGAAUCGCCUGAAUCGGAUUCAGAGCAACUGCAACAGCACUCACUCAAUUCACAGUCUGCACACGAUUCACCCGCCGUGAACCUCGUGCAACAGGAUCCGCAGAAUUUAACAAACCAUAUACACCCCACCGUAUCAAUAGAGCAGGGUAUUAUGGCGCCGCCGCCGGGAGCACCUAUUCAGAGUCGUAGAUCAGGCGACCACGAUAAGCAAUUGCGUGUUAUCGAACCUCCCCCAGGCCCUCCACCUGGCUAUAGACAUAGCCAAGGGCCUUUAACCGCAAUGAACCCUCUUCCACCUACGCCUGGCGUGACCGGUACGCCGCAGAAUUACCGCACUAGCGGUGUGCAAGAUCGGCCGCAAUUUGACGGGCCCGGCCCCGAAGGUGGUCGGAACAGCCCCCAACCAUCGACGGAUCGAGAGGCAGCAGAUCCCGAAAAGCAGUUCAAGGACUUAUUGACCAAAUACAAAAAUGUCAAGAGGCUCUAUUUCGACGGCAAGUCGCAGAUCGAACAAUUAACCGGACAAGUCGAGCAGUUGCAGAACGCUGUCGCGAAUCAACGAAUGUCCCAGUCUCGGACGGCCCUCGACGACAACGAGUACUUAACUCGGUUCAACCGGCUCAACGGCGCGAUAAACAAUUUGUCGUUCAAUAUUCGUAAGGAUUGGAGGACGCUGCCGGGUUGGAUCGAGCGAUAUGUCAGCCCGGAUGCGAUCAAGACUGGCAAGCAAGAAAUGACUGCCGUCGGCCGAGCUGUGAUUGUUCGGUGGAUAGUGGAAGAAAUUUUCAACAAAUGCUUCCACCCUUCCCUCGAGCUGCACUUGAGCUCCCACUUGAAGCAGAUAGAGCAUAACAUCCGCAGAUUCUCUUACACGCUAAACAGCCAGGAAGAAUACGAUGCGUUAACGGCAAAGGUGUUGAACUGGCGAAUGGCCACCCUGGAGGGUCUCCAACACAUGCUCCAGGCUCCCGAGAGUGCCGAGUACCGAGCGGAUUUCACCAAGGUGGCCACCAGCAACCUCACAGCAACGCUAUUCCAAUACCUGGCAGAUCCUCCGCCGGCGGAUGUAGACGGCAGCUCGUCGAUGAUUGUCGAGUUAGCCGUGGGCAUCGCGGCCAACUUACCCUUGGAGAGUCGCGAUGUCGCCAUCACAUACCCCCUACCUGGGGAUUCCAUACAACUCGACAUCAUGGAGCCGGAAAAGACAGGGUUGCCCCCGCUACCAGAUGCAGUGGACGAUGCCGACGAAAUCAACGACAAAGACGGCGACAAGACCGCAAAACGGGAAAAAACGAAAAGCGGUAUGUUAACAAUGCUCAGCGGGUCGACAUACCCGUCAAGCAGGAAAGGUAGCACGGCUUCGGUUCUUACUGACGCGACGACGUCGACAGCAGCGCCCCCCAAAGACCCCUCUAGAGUUCGUUUCGCAGGAUUUGUGGCAGUCGAGGUGAGAGGGCGGCAGGUCUUGGUCAAGGCCCCGGUGUGGACCCUCGGUUGAAGCUUUUUUUUUUCUUCGCUCUUUUUCCUCGGGAAGAAAAAAGCAGGACCACCACAACGUGAGAAGCAGGGGAGGAAACCUGGGUAGGCGGAAGGAAGGGGAGGUGGAUAAUUCUCUUUCUCACAUUCUCGUUUGUCCGCGGAAAGAAAAAGUCGCUUCUCGCUUUUUUUUUUCUCGACGUCGAGGUAUACAUAUAUACCCUUAGAGGGUUAGUAUAGUAGGCUAGAGGCCUAAGGCUGGCUGGCGGCUGUUAAAUCCCCCCCCCCCCCACACAAGGGUAGAGAAUCAGCUAAAUUGCACGGCGUCCGGACGAGGAUCCAGGUGGAUAGAGGGAGAAAGUGUGCCCGUAUAUGUAGAGAGCUAUGGGUGGGCGGCGGGUGAGAUGACGGGCG